AUGGGAAAGGACAAUCACAAUAAUAAUAACAAUAGUGGAGAAGAGGAAGGCACGAGUGGUUCUCGAAAGAAAUCAACCAUGCAAAAGCUAUUUGGCAAAUUUAAAGGAAACGAUCAAGGAGGAGGUUCCUCUUCGUCAUCUUCUUCCUCGUUGCCAACAAAUUCUCAUGAUUCUUUGCCAUCUACUGGUAUUCCACACUUGAGUAGUUUCGUGAAAGAAGCAAUGCCACAAGAUGAAGAAGAAAUCAAUCGAAGAUUUAUGGAAGCAAUUGAAAAAGUUGGCAUCCAGAAUGAACAAUCAAAGGCAAACGUGAUUGCAAGAUACAACACAAAUGAGUUGAAAUGGGAUUUCGUUCAAUCAUUGAGAAAAACUCAAGACACUUUUGCGAUGGAUGAGAAAAACAAAGUCGAAUAUUAUAUUACUGGAUUGAACAAGUCAUCCAGUCAACUUAGUCCUUCAAUGGACAAGAUCAACACUGACAAGUCACUUCAAGACAUGAUCAAAUUAAUUCAAGGUCUAACAGUUCAACUUCGUUCUCAACAAAUUUCAUGGUUGGAAGAUUUCAUUCGUCAAGGAGGAAUGUAUCAAUUGACUUGUUUGUUAGCAUCAACCAUUAAUUUCUUCAAUUUUUUCGGUCACUAUUCAUCGUCGACUGAGAACGGUCAACCUGGUGUUCAUCAAACCACUCUCAAUAACGUUGAACAAUUACGUUCUGUAAUUUUAAUGAGUUUUACAAGUUUACUCAAUGUCAACAAGGGAAUUGAAGCAUUUCUUCAACAACGUGAUGCCAUUAGAACAAUGGUCUUGGUGAUGGAUGGAGCUUCACUUAAAAAUCGUUCCACAAUUUUACUCUUACUCGCCCUGUUGUGUCACCACAGCGGACAAGAGGCAUUCGAACUCAUUUUGGAUGCCAUGAAUCAUUAUAAAUUAGUGAAAAGAGAGAAGGCAAGAUUCCAAGAUUUGGGUAAUUGGAUUCUCAAUGAAAAUGCAUAUGCAUCUGGUACAAGUGGAGCCGGUACCAUCUACACGGGAGGCAAUCAUGGUAGAGCCUCUGUUGAAUUUAGAGUGAAUGCUCUCAUGUUUAUUAACGCUUUAAUUACUUCUCCUGAAGAUCCAAAAAUUGCUGCUCGAAUUCAACAAGAAUUUGUGAACUUGGGACUUGUCACCAUUUUAGAUUCUAUUGACACGGAAGAUCCUGAUUUAUUGGUUCAAAUUUCAACAUUUAAGGAGUUAAUUGCAAAUGAUUUAAGUCAUCACUUUGAAAAACUUACAUCAAAUAGCUCUGAUCCUCUCAACAUGAUUGAAGUGUUGAAUGGUCAAUUGACAUCAGUUUCUCAGAAACAUUUUGCAUCCAUGUUAAAUGCUCUAUUACCAAUUUCACAGAGUUUUGAAGACACCAGAACAUCGAUUGCUUCAAGAGCUUCUGUAUGUGUAGAUAACGACAUUCAAGAAACAAACUUUGCUAUCCUUGCUAAAAUCAUUCGUCAAGUGGUUGAAUCCAUUGAUUCAAGAGGUCGAUUGAAAGAUUGGACCGAAGAAACAGAACGCUUAAAACAACAAGUGAAAACACAACAAACCAGUUUCAACAAUAUGGAAGAAAAAUUGAAAUCAGAAAAGAACAAACUCAUUGCGCUCCUCCUUCAGAAUUCCCAAAUAGACUUUUCCAAUUCAAUUGAUUUUGAAAUUUUGAAAGAUCUCAUCACUCCACUUUCAAAUUUUGCUAAAAGUCGAUCUCAAGAUGUUGCAGUUUCUUCGACCGUUCCAUCCACACCAACCAUUCCAUCUACAAUGAGUAAUAGUAAUAGUAAUACUAGUAAUAAUGGAAAUAGUGGAAAUACUUCCAAACCACUUCCUACUCCUGGUGUGAUGAAAACAACAACAACGACAACAACCGUUCCAUCCACAACAGAACCAACAACAACCACCACAACCACCACGACUCACAAUGAGACGACACAAAUUCCUCCAGUCCAUACGAGUGGAGUAGGAAUGGUAGUACCACCACCUCCUCCUUCCAUGGUGAUUGGAACUGGAGGUGUUCCUCCACCUCCUCCUGUAAUGGGUACAAUGAUGGGAACGGUAGGUGUUCCACCACCACCACCACCUCCUGGAAUGGGUACGACUGGAAUGCCUCCUCCUCCACCUCCUGGAAUGAGUGGUGGUGCUGUAGCUUCUGUACAAAAUCCACUUCCUCCUCUUCCUAAUUAUUCACCAAGUACCAAUCUUCGUAAUGUUCAUAUUGAUCCAAUUAAUAAGAGAGUCAUCAAAGAUACUGUGUUUAUUAAGAAGGGAGUGAUUGACAAGUUGAAACAAAUUCAAAUUGAUGAGAGUCGUAUUAGUGAAUUAUUUGGUGUUGAAAAGGAUUCUCAUUCCAAAGCGACCAAUGCUUCUUCUUCGAAUGACAAGUCUGAAAAAGUGUCACUCAUUGAUACGAAACGAGCGUAUAAUAUUGGUAUUCAAUUGGCAUCGAUGCGUCUCAAUUUUGAUUCAAUUCGUAAGGCAGUGGUCACUUUGGAUGAAACUGCAAUGAGCAAAAAUCAAAUUAAUACUCUCAAGAGUAUUGUUCCAACCGAAGAAGAAGUCAAUUUGGUUUCUGCUUUCGAUGGAGAUGCUUCACAAUUGGCUGAACCUGAUCGAUUUUUCCAUGUCAUGAAAGAUGUGUCCAAGAUUAAAGAACGAAUGGAAGCUUGGAGUUUCAAAUUAAGAUAUGAAGAUGAUUUGGCAAGCUUAAAACCAGAUAUUGAAAGUUUGAGAUUGGCCACCAAUGAAUUGAAAGAAUCGAAAAAGUUUGUCAAAUUUUUAGCUGUCGUCUUGUCCAUUGCCAAUUAUUUGAAUGCAAAGGGAAGACAGAAAGAUCAAUAUGGAUUCCAUUUGAGUAGUUUACACAAGUUGAAAGAUACCAAAGCUUCAAAGGGCAAUGAAGGUUUAUCACUUCUUCACUAUUUAGUGGAAUACAUUGAUACACAUCAAAAGGAUUUAUCAGAAUUUUAUGAUGACAUGCCCAAUAUUCCAGCAGCAAAGAAGGCCUCUAUUGCUCAAAUCAAAGAAGUAUUGCAAAUGAUUAAGGCUUCCUCAAACUCGCUUGGUGAAACGUUGGCUGCCAUUGCACGAGAAGAAGAUUCACCCAUUCACAAACAAGACAAGUUCAUUGAAAAGAUGAAACCAUUCUAUGAGCAAACCAAAGCUGAUUUGGGAAUGCUCGAAGAAAAAUUGAAGAAGACUCAAGAAGGUUUAGAAGAAUUAGCCAUUCUCUUUGAUGAAGACAAAAAUCUUGUAACGACCAAGCCAGAAGAUUUCUUCACCAAAUUGGAUGAAUUCUUUGAAAUGUUUAAAUCUGCUCGUAAAUUUAUCCAAGAAAGAAAGAAGAAGGAAGAAGAGGCUCUCAAAAAGCAACAAAAGUCGAACACUCACUUGACUGCUAAUCAAUCAACAGAAAAAGGUGUUUUGGAAGGUCUUGAAAACUCAUUGAGAGAUGGAACAGCGUUUAAAAAGAGAAGAAGUUUAAGAGCAAACGCUAAUUUGUUGGCACAAGAACUAUCCAUGCUAAAGAAGUAG